CAGACAAUCAUCUUAGAGUACUACAUUGUCUCCAAUCCUCUUCCUUUUUAACAGCAAAAAUGGGUUACUCCAAGACCUUUCUUCUCCUUGGUCUUGUCUUUGCUGUGGUGCUAUUCAUCUCCUCUCAUGUCUCCGCUCGUGACCUGCUUGCUGAGCCUGCUCAAAACGAGGAAAUGGUCAAAACUGAAGAUGAACACGACCAUGAACAUCAUGAUCAUGAUGAUCAUGAUCAUCAUCAUCAUGAUCAUGAGCACCAUGAGAAAAUGGUCAAAACUGAAGAUGAACACGACCAUGAACAUCAUGAUCAUCAUCAUCAUGAUGAUCAUGAUCAUCAUCAUCAUGAUCAUGAGCACCAUGGAGGUAGUCUCUCGGGACAUGAUGAAAUAGGGGAAAAGGUCGAAACUGACUCUGUGGGGGAGGCCAAACGUGAACAUCACCAUCGACGUCAUCAUGGUGAUCACUCAGGACACGAUUAGACAAAUCCUUCGUCCUAUAUAUAUAUGCUAUAUAUCUGUAUGCAUGGGUGCAUGUCUAAGAAACAUGUAUCUUAAUUAUGUAAGUUUGUAAUGCCAAUAAGGUUGUGUAGCUUAUAAACUCUCAACCACAGCAGCUGUAUAAGCUUUAUCUUUCUACUUUUUUCAUGUGUAUUAAUUCUGCCUUUUUUUUGUAUUAAAAUAUGCUUCAACUUGAAGGUGUGAAAUCCUCACUACUCACUCGCUAUGGUGUUGUCAAUUA